CCAGGGAGUGAAACCGUUUCCUGCCACACGCCUGACCUCCGACUGGAUGAAUAUCCCACCUUAUGAUGAUUUAAAAACAUGAAACUCAGGCAGAACCAGAAGCUUUUGUGUGUUUCGGUUCAAAUGUGGCGGGUCAGAGUUGAGCUCAAACAGGAUUAGCGAUCAUGGACACCAUCUUGGCCGCCGUCCUGUUCUGGAGCGGUGAGGAGGCGUGGCCUGUGGGUCGUCUCAGCCUCCUCCUCCUCACCUGUCUGCCGCGUGUUGAGUCAACAGUCUGCAGCUCUCUGUUGCAGAGGAAGCAGGUGGAGGCGGCGAUGCUCUGACCUCAGCAUGUCGGCAGGUUCUGGUUCUCUGGGUCCGUCUGGAACGGACUGUUGGGAGAGGACUACGUCCGCGGCCAUGUUCUGAAGAAGACGGGCGUUUUGGACAGCUGCGAUGCCUGGAAGCCAGUACCAGCUGACCCGCACCAGGCUGAGCCACAGCCUGUACAGCCUGACGGACAGCUCUGACGGCGGCCAUGAGGACGAGCGGCCCGACGACUCGCUGCGCCUCACGCCGCUGCAGAAGCUAACGGCGGCCAUGUGCAAAGACGAGAAGACCGUCAAGGAGCUGAUCAUCGGCCGCAGGGUGGGCUUCUACAAGGUCAGAGGGGAGAUCGGCUACGGGACGUUCUCCAGGGUCAAGCUGGCGUUCCACGCCCUGACCAAAGACAAAGUGGCUCUGAAGAUCCUGGACCGGACGCGGCUGGACGCCCAGGCCCAGCGGCUGCUGUCCAGGGAGAUCAGCAGCAUGGAGAGCCUGCAGCACCCCAACGUGAUCCGGCUGUACGAGGUGGUGGAGACGCCCAGCCGCCUCUUCCUGGUGCUGGAGUACGCCGGAGGAGGGGAUCUGCACAACCGGAUCUGCACCGAGGGGAAGCUGAGCGACAACGCCAGCAAGAUCACCUUCGCCCAGAUCCUCUCUGCCGUCAAAUACAUGCACAACUUGAACAUCAUCCACCGCGACCUGAAAGCCGAGAACGUUCUGUUCACCUCCGCCGGCUGCGUCAAAGUGGCCGACUUCGGCUUCAGCACGCGCGUGGCGAGCCGCGGCAGCGCGCUGGACACGUUCUGCGGCUCGCCGCCGUACGCCGCCCCGGAGCUGUUCCGGGACGACAGCUACCUGGGCCCGCCGGUGGACGUCUGGGCCAUGGGGGUCCUGCUGUUCUUCAUGGUCACCGGCAGCAUGCCGUUCCGGGCCGACACCAUGGGCAAGCUGCGGCGCUGCAUCAUGGAGGCCAGCUACGCCGUCCCGCCCUGGGUGCCGGGCCCCUGCCAGCGGCUCAUCAGGGGCAUCCUGAAGCCGGUCGCCGCCGAGCGCUACGCCGUCGACCAGAUGCUGGGCUGCGAUUGGCUGCUGCCCGUGGAGUUCCCCUGGGCGCUGGCGCCGCCGGAGCCGCCCGGCCCGCUGCAGAGCCUGCUGGAGUCGGAGCGCGGGAACCCGGAGGACGAGGAGGUGGAGGAGGAGGUGCGCAGCGCCCUGGAGGAACUGGGCUUCACCGCCGAACACCUGAGAAACCACCAGCUGACGGACAGCCGCAGCCCCGUCACCGGCGUCUACCGCAUCCUGCUGCACCGCACGCAGAAGAGGUGGGGCUGCGACUCGCCGCCUGUGGUCCGCGGCAUGGUGAGGGACCCCAAGAGGGAGGGGCUGCGGGCCUACAGGGGCCUCAGGCACACCUCCAAGUUCUGUGUGCUGUCAUAACGGACCGCGACGGGUCGGCCUGUGGCCCAAUCACAUCAUUCUGAAAAACCAGAGUUUAGUCUUUAAAUCCAGACUCAGCCCCACCUCAACGUUUACCUGGAUAUGUCUGCAAACAGAUGCACAACAGCACAGCUUUGAAAAGCAGAAGUGGAGCCUCCUGCACAGCCCAUUGCCUGGACCAAUCAUGUCUUUCUAGACGCCAAGAAAAGAAUUGCCAAAAAACGGCUGAGUGUUUUAUUGUUCUGGUUUGUUUUUAUUUGAGACCCAAAUGGACGAAGGAAACUUUCAUCAUCUCCCCUUUAGCAGCUUCAACUUCACAGACUCACGUUUUACACUCCGAGUUCAGCGCUGGAAACUUUUCUGUUAUUCAUAUGAAAGUGCCUGAAAAACGAGAAAUAAAAUGACUGAGGUGAAAGGUGUUUUUUUUGUUUUGCUUGAAUUUCCUGACGUUCCCAUAAAAACAGCUUGAAGGACAUCGUCAGUUGUUAGCGCGCUUUGCUAAUCUGCCUCCUUUGCUAUUGCUGCUCCGCAUUUAAUCUGUUGUCUAAUCGUACCAUCAGAAAGUAGCAGUUCGGCUAAAAUGCUGACCAGCUGUGAGGUUGUGUAAAAAAA